GCUACACAAGAUGGUUUGGGAAGAAAUGCUCCUAUACAUUGCAUACAUUGUUCGCUGCUUGCAGUUGGGGAACUGCUGAGGAAUACAGGUGAGUUCAUGAUGUCUCGAUAUAGAGAAGUUGCUGAGAUUGUCCUUCGGUAUCUAGAGCAUCGUGAUCGGCUUAUCCGUCUCAGCAUAACUUCUUUGCUUCCUCGAAUUGCCUAUUUCCUACAGGACCGUUUUGUGACGAACUAUCUGACG